AUGAAUCAAUUGAUUACUAUCCAUAUUGGAGGAGCAGGAUCUAAUAUUGGAUCAAAACUAUGGUAUAAUUUGUCCUAACAUCGUUAAGAAGAUCUCCCCUCAAUUUUUUAAGAAAAUUCUCUCUAAUCCUAUAAACCUCGAUCAAUUUUUAUAAAUACUAUAGAUGAUUAAGUUCCAAAAUAUGAUGAACCUAAUUUUAAUCCUAAUCAAUUCUUUUAUACAAAAGAAGAUACAGGAAAUAUUUAUACUGUAGGACAUUAUUGUGUAGCAAAAGAUUUAAUUCCAAAAAUAUAGGACGAAAUUAGAAAAUAAAUAGAAAAUUGUGAUAAAUUUUCUGGCUUUUUAUUUACUCAUUCUAUUAGUGGAGGCUUUGGCUCUGGAUAUACUACUCUUAUUUCAAGUUUAUUAAGGACUGAAUAUAAUAAGUCUAUUAGUUUUAGUUUUUGUUUGAUUCCAUCUCCAAAUUAUAAUAACAAUGUUAUUGAAUCAUAUAAUUCUAUAAUGAGUUUGAAUUCAAUGGUUGAAUCAUUUGAUGGUGUAAUAUUAUUAUAAAAUGAAGCUAUUUAUAAUAUGAUUGAAAAUCAAUUAGAUAUUGAAUUUCCUUCAUAUAAUGAAGUUAAUUAGGUUAUUACACAUCCAAUAAUAUCUUUAUUAAAAUUUAAUUAAUAAAAGUCUUUGUAAAUACUUAAAAUGAAUCUAUGGAAUAAAAAUAAACUAAAUCUUUGGUCAUGCUCUUUUGGACCUCUAAUUAAUUAUGAUUAAAAAGACUACUCUAAGAAACUAAAUUAAAAUUCAUUAACAGAUAUUAUAUCCUAAAACUCCUAUAUUUGCAAUUCAAAAAAACCUUAUUAUAAAUAAGCAUUUUUAUAUGCUGAAUAAAUCAAUUAAUCAUUAUUGACGAGAACUUUAUCUGAAUUAGUUGAAAAUAAAUAAUACUCAAUUUAUUAGUCAGAAUAAUAAGGAGGGUAGAUAAUAAAAAAUAAAGAAUAAUUUUAAUAGAUCACAAGUUGUAAAUAGAAUAUGGUUUUUAUACAUAGAAGUACAGGAGUAGGAGAAUAAUUAAUUUAAAUGCAUAAGAAAGCAUAAAUUCUUUAUUAGAGAAGGGCAUUUAUACAUUGGUAUGUUGGAAUAGGAAUAGAAGAUUAAAGUAUUAGAGGAGAGUUUUAAUAAUUUGAAGAAUUAUAAAAUAACUAUGAAAUUGAUGUAAGUAAUAAUGAAUGA